AUGAAUGAAUGUUUAAUCAGAUAUAGAGAGCUAGAGGUUGAUUGGUUUUCGAAAUUAAAGAGCCACCGGAUUCUAAAGUUGCUAGAUAUCGGUCUACAAGUCGAUAAUAUGUACUUCUAUGGUGAGGUUAUGUUUGUCGCACGUGGUUUGAAACCACUGUUGUUGUACACCUAUCUCUCGACUGUCGAUACCGAUCUCUGGCGCGACUACACCGAGAAAGUCAUUCGUCCAAGUGGUAUCCUAGAGUUACCUUCUACAAGCUCUGUCAGUGGCAUGUUGUUUAGACUCUUCAAAAUCGAUUCUCUAAAUAGUUCACACUCUGACUUUACAGAUUGUUAUGCACUAAUAUUGGACACAGAAGAGAAAGAGCAACAACAGGACAAGCUUGUUGGCGAAUAUAUUAAGCAAUUAGUAUCACUAGAUUUAUCCAAUUCUAAAAAAGAAUUAGAGUUUACAGAGGAAUUGCUUGCAAAACUACUGGAUUAUCCUGCUGCAAUGUCAGAGGAUUCCACGCCAUACAUUGAAGUCGGAUAUUUUAAUUCACAAGAGAAAGCUUUGAUGUGUUAUGUAGUUCCACAAGACAAGUUCCAAGCGUUGAAACCAACCAUUCAGCGACACUACAACCGAUAUACAAAGGUUAACGAAACGAUAUUCAACGGCGAAAGAUUAACAUUAAGUCUAGUAAAGUUAUGUGAUAGUGCAUAUAACUAA